AUGCAGAUCUUCCCUGUCCUCGGUGCGAUCGCUGCCCUGGCCCUGGUGCCCACGGCUCUUGCUACGCCCGGCCGUCACCGUCCUCUCAUUAACCAUGGUGGCCUUCGUCUGAACACGACCACUCCGGCCAUCCCCACCUCCACUCCCAUCUACACGCCCACUUCGCCUCCCACCUUCAGCCCGACUCCCACCCCCUCCAGCCGUGCGGCCAAGCCCUGGUGGCGUUAA